UCUUUUCCAGCCCUGGCUAUUUAAAGCUGGACAGCACUGUGAGCCCUCUCCUCCCCCUGCACUGCGAGCCCUUGGACUUUCUCCCACAGCCAUGAGCUCAGGCACAGCUCCCAUCUUCACCGAGGGUGAGGACUGCAAGGCUGCAUGGCGGGAGGCUACAGCUGCCUACAAUGGCCCCGACACCCACCUGGAGAUCCUGGGGAAGCCGGUGAUGGAACGCUGGGAGACCCCCUACAUGCAUUCACUGGCAACCGUGGCUGCUUCCAGGGGUGGCCGUGUGCUGGAGGUGGGCUUUGGCAUGGCCAUUGCUGCCACCAAAGUGCAGGAGUUCAACAUCGAGGAGCACUGGAUCGUGGAGUGCAACGACGGCGUGUUCCAGCGGCUGGAGGAGUGGGCGAGGGUGCAGCCACAUAAGGUGGUGCCACUGAAGGGGCUGUGGGAGGAUGUGGUGCCAACGCUGCCGGAUGGGCACUUCUCUGGAAUCCUAUAUGACACGUACCCGCUGUCUGCACAGACCUGGCACACGCACCAGUUUGCCUUCAUCAAGGACCAUGCCUUCCGCCUGCUGCGGCCCGGGGGGGUCCUCACCUACUGCAACCUCACCUCGUGGGGGGAGCUGCUGAAGGGCAAGUACAGCGACAUAGAGAAGAUGUUUGAGGAGACUCAGGUGGCACAGCUGCUGGAGGCCGGCUUCAGGAGGGAGAACAUCAGCACGGCGGUGAUGGAGUUGGUGCCCCCCAGGGAGUGCCGCUACUACUCCUUCCCUCGGAUGAUCACCCCCUGUGUAGUGAAGCACUGAACAAAAAGGUUCUUGUGGCUGCAAACCCACAGCACAGCGUUGACCCAAAGGGGCUCAUGCUGUCCUUUACUCUAAAAACAAUUGUUUGUGAAAUUGGGGGUCCGUUUCCGUGCAGAAGCCAAACGUGCCAGGCCAGGCAGGAGGAAUGGGGAAGAUGGGGCAGUUUGAGGCACGUUCCUUACAACUGGAUUUCCCAUGAGUUUCCAGUGAAAGUUCCCUCAUAUUUUUGGCUGAUGCCCAUUUUAAUAAGCUCUGAUUCUUACGACCCCCGUACAGUUCAAUAGUGCAUAAAUGACGUUCCCCCUCUCUACCCAGAAGGGCUAAAAUCCAUUAAAUCAGAUCGAAAUACACAAAGGCUAUUUCUGAGCAAUUUAUUUUUGCCUUUCGAAGUGCACCUGUAACUGCAGACCAUAUGGGUGCACAGCACAACACAUCCACUGCCAGACCAAUGCAAUUCCUUCUGCUGUACACAUCGAGGUGUGUUCCAUCCCUUGUAGGAAUUAAGAAACAAGCAGGCAGAGCUGAGCUCAUGGACACCACAGGGUUCCCCUGGAUGUUUGCUGGUCCCAUAAAGAACCCCAGCACUGACAGCAGCCUGGGGGAGGAUCCAGUGCCUGAGCUGCUUUCAUUGUAAAAACAAAUCCUGCACAGCCCAGCUGCUACAGCAGAGCUGUGUGUUCUACCUGAGCCAGAGGACUUCAGGCCUCCUGCAGCAACCAACCACACUCAG